UUCCGGGUGUCUUCAAUGUAGAGAUUCAUUUACAUUUGAUGGUUUUUUUGUGUUUUUGUAAAGGAGGAUAAAGGCUACGAAGACCAUAAAUCGUUGAAAAAAAUGAACAGAAUAUUCGGACGCGGGAAACCAAAAGCGCCUCCUCCAAACCUGUCGGACUGCAUCGGCAAUGUGGAUGCCAGGUCAGAGUCAAUAGAAAAGAAGAUCAGCAGACUAGAUGCUGAACUUUUGAAGUAUAAGGAUCAGAUGAAAAAGAUGAGAGAUGGACCCUCUAAGAAUAUGGUGAAACAGAAGGCACUGAGAGUCCUGAAGCAGAAGAGGAUGUAUGAAGGUCAGAGGGAGCAGCUGGCUCAGCAGUCUUUCAACAUGGAGCAGGCAAACUACACGAUCCAGACAUUAAAGGACACAAAAACAACAGUGGAGGCCAUGAAGAUUGGUGCCAAGGAAAUGAAAAGGGCUUACAAGGAUGUCAAAAUUGACCAGAUUGAUGAUUUACAGGACCAACUGGAGGACAUGAUGGAAGACGCCAACGAGGUACAAGAGGCCCUGAGCCGCAGCUACGGCACACCAGAGAUAGACGAGGACGAUCUUGAAGCAGAGCUGGACGCUCUGGGUGAUGAGCUGCUGCUGGAUGAUGACAGCUCCUAUCUGGAUGAAGCCUCAGCUGCUCCGUCGAUUCCUGAGGGGAUCCCCAGUGACAGCAAGACAAACAAGGACGGUGUGCUGGUGGACGAGUUUGGCCUGCCUCAGAUUCCCGCCUCAUAAACAAGGAAUGGAUAAAACAACUGCGCUUCAACUGAAAACACUUUUAUAUGUAGAGUAACAUUUAUACAUGCAAGAACCAUUUGACAUGAGAACACUACAAUUUUCAAGCUGUCCUGGUGUUGGGUUGUGAAUUGUUACUACUACCGUGCUAGCAUGUGGCCUUGUAACAUACUGAACCUUUUCUAAAACAUCAUCCCCCCCCUUCUGUUCUCCCUGUCGUCCUCCUGUCUUGUCAGUCUCGUUCAUCACCAGUAUUACAGAGUGUUAAUUUAUUUUAAUUUAUUACUAGUUUUGUGUGUUAGUGUUUAGUCAUUACCAAUUUAUUUAAGUUCUCAAAUGCGGCCUGAUCAUAAUGUCUGCAGGUUAUUUGAAACAUGCAAAUAAACUAAUGCGUUUGAAUUUAAUCUUGAAUUACAGAUUUAUUUAUUACUAGCACACACUUCUUUUGUCUUUGUGGGUUUUUAAUUCUUCCUUCUAGUUGCGUUUUGAUUUU